UGUAUCGGGUGAUGUUUUGUUUGUUUGAUUGUUUUAAUUUUCGGAUGUUGAAUUACUGAAAGACCCCUGAUCCUGUUUUUGAGAGGAGUUUUCGUUUUUCAAUUUUUGCUCCUUGGAAUUUAUGAAAAAGACACCUGAUCGUUAUAAAUCAUGGUAAUGUCGAGAUGGACGGGUGCUGGGUUACUUUUGGCUUUACAGAUGUCCCAUGUAGCUGCAUAUCCGGGGGGAGCCCCACAAACGGCAUGUGAUGACAUGACGCCUAGACAUGGUUUUGACGCCCAAAACGAUACUACAUCAAUGUACGAUAUCAAACCGUCUGCUAGAACAUAUUGUCCAAAAAAUGAAGUGAAAAUUACACUUGAGGGUGCGCCAUAUGGUGUGACUUUUAAAGGAUUCCUCUGUCAAGCAAGGACGUCGGUUAAUACUGCUACAACAAUCGGUUCUUUGACGCCAGCUGAUUCUAAGGUUGCGACCAACAAUUUCUGUGUCGGAAAAGCUUCGUUAACGCAUUCAGAUGGAUUAAUAAAAAAGAAGGAAGUACAUUUAACAUGGACACCAGAUAUUUCGAAGACAGACUCUGUUUACAUUGUGUGUACAAUUGUUAAGGAAAAAUCUAUUUUCUGGGUAAAUCAAAGCAUUGAAAUCGCAUACGCAGGGACGGACAAGUGUACAUCAGAAGGGGAAGUGAAAGGAUUACCAACAAGCUGUACUGACUCACAAACUUGCGAAAUGGCUGUUAGUAUGGCAGAAUGCGACACUGUUGCCGGAAAAUGUGUAUGUCCAAGUGAUAUGAAGAUAGCACAUCCGACACACACAUACUGUUCACCCAAAAAGCUUGGUGAUUCUUGCGCGAGUGAUUCGGACUGCAUGGCAGUAGCUGAGACAGUGUGUGAUACGACCAAUGUAUGUGCUUGCAAGUCUGCCUUUACCUCUAAUACGACAGACAACUGCUUUUUGAAAGUGUUGGGCGAUGUCUGUUCUUCUCACGACGAUUGUCGAGGUAUUCCGAAGUCUGUUUGUAAUGGCACGUGCAAAUGUCCACCAGAGUACAAGCAUCAGAGAAACCAGACACACACAAACUGUGUUCUUAGAGGGCUAAACGAACAAUGCACGAGUGAUGGACAGUGUGCAGGCACGGCUAACGCAGAAUGUAUUGACGGGCGAUGCAAAGUUGGAGGAACGAAUGUUUGCACAAGUAACACAGAUUGCACGGGUACUGAAGGAAAUCAGUGUGUCGAGGGAAAAUGUACAAGCGGGGUGAUGAAGACUACUGUCGUGUCAUUAAUUUUGCUGUUUGGUGGCGCCUUGCUUUCACGUCAGAUUUCGAUUCUUUAGGAUAUUAUACAAAAGUAUACGAGAAACAAUCUCAGCAAGUAAUACAACAAAGAAAGAAGAUAUAAUUGAUUAAACUUCCGGUGAACAUAAAACUAUGUAUAUACAUGUGUUUCAAACGUGUUUAAGUUACAAACAUUUCCGUUUUCAUUUGUUAUUAGCUGACAAAUGUAGCUAGUUAAAGGCACUGGUUCCCAGAUCGUAUGACAGCAAAAAGGAGAUUUUUUUAAGUAUCAGGAAAUUAAUGCUAUAUUUCUUAACGUUUAGCCUGCUGGCGGCAAGUGAUUUUGCCUUUGCGACCAGUGUAGACCAAGAUCAGCCUGCACAUCCGUGCAGUCUGAUCAUGGUCUGCACUGUUCGCUAUUCAGUCAGUAAAUUUACGGCAAACAUCCCUUUGAAUAAUUUCCGACACCGGCAACAUUUUUUCUUUUUGAUUUAGUAUUUUUAAGAUAGUUUAGAAACAAAUACUCAUAUUCUUAUGUUAGUUUAGAAUCAAAAACUCGUAUUCUAAUGGUCAUAAUAUGACCAAACUUCAACUUUAAAGGAAAAUCAUCUUGAGCAAAAAUCUGGAGAUCAGUGCCGCUUUAAGAGGACAUGUUCACUACCUCCAACUUGGUCUGGUUAAAAGAUAUUCAUUCGUCUAAUUAUUAAACAGUGGAAUGGCAUUAUAACAUUUUUCAGUGGUUUGAAUUGAAAGCUUUAGCUUCAUGAAGUUCUCUCCCCUGUAAAGUGUUACAAAAGCACCGUCUGACGGAAUUGCAAAUACAAUGGGUCAAGAAGGUCAAAUGCCAAAAAAAUGUAUUGAGUACACAGACAUAGUAAAUAGAGAUUAAUAUAACUGCACCUUAUCAAAGAGCUAUUAAAUAAUUAUAUUAUAAUUUUUGACCUUUACUAAUCCCACUUGUUCUGUAUUACUAUUUACUUUAAAGUGCUUCUACUGUGACAUUUUGAUACACGCAAAACUGUAUGAUCUGCACAAUAAAAUCCUUACUUGUAAUUCAUUUUAGUUUUGGCACAUUGAAAGUUAUUUUUACCACAAGAAUAAAAGAUAUAAACUGAA